AUGUCACUUGGUCUUUGCAUACUCACUCUCUUUUAUGCUAGUUGGCCCGUUAUCGACCAAAAUUUAUUCAUUUUGAGAUUACAUCAUACGACCGCCACAUAUGCCGCUGCAAUGUCUAAUAUCAUUCCUGCGCUUACCUUUGUACUAGCUUUCUUUUUAAGGUUGGAGACGAUAAACGUUGGAAAUAGACGGUGUCAAGCCAAGUUGUUAGGCGCAUUAGUCACGAUCUUAGGAGCUAUGGUGAUGACCCUAAUUAAAGGCCCGGUGUUAUUUGGUGUCAGUGGAGGAAACAACAACAAUAAUCAUGAUGGAGUAUCACAUGUUUUAUUUGGAUCCAUAUUCAUUUUUGCAAGAUGUCUGGGUUGUGCCAUCUUUGUGAAUCUACAAGCUAUUACAUUAAAGUCUUAUCCAGCAACACUCUCCUUGACCUCAUUGGUAUGCUUGAUGGGUGCCCUGGAAGGUCUAGAAAUGGCUUUUAUCAUGGAGGAAACACACUUUAAUGCUGCUUGGUUGGUUUUCAAGUGGGACAUGAAUUUGUUGUCGGCUAUUUAUGCGGGAAUAGUUUGCUCAGGCAUUGGAUAUUUUCUUGAGGGAGUGAUUAUGAAAGAGAAAGGACCCGUUUUUCUUACCACCUUCAAUCCAUUAUGCAUGGUAAUAGUUGCUGUGGUGAGUUUCUUCUUAUUUGGGGAGAAAAUCCUACUUGGAAGGGCAAUUGGAGCAUUUAUAUUAUGUCUGGGAUUAUUCAGUGUAGUUUGGGGUAAGAGUGGCGAUAUCAAUAACUCGUCACGUGCAAAGGAUGAAAUGAAUUCUGAAGAGUUGAAAGAGGCACAUUGUGAAAAUUCAGGAGACGAGUUGAGAGAGACACGCCGUGAAAAUUCAGGAGACGGGUUGAGAGAGACACGCCGUGAAAGUUCAGGAGACGAAAUUACAGUUGAGUUGGUCGAGGCUGAGGGACGGAGCUAUUCACAACAAAGUGUUAUGGUGUAUGAUGAUGUGUGGAGGCUGUCAGUGAUGAUUUAUGGUGUUGAGAGGUUUGUGUGGUAUGCACAUAGAGUAUUCUGGGCAGAGUUUUGUGAGGCUGAGAUGUUGAGGGUUUGUUUUGGUUUAACCAUUUUUGUGCAAGCUUUGGCCUUAGCAAGUAGUGGAGCAGCAAGAGGUUUUGGUUUAACCAUUUUUGUGCAAGCUUUGGCCUUAGCAAGUAGUGGAGCAGCAAGAGGUUUGUAG